GCUAUCAGGCUGCUCUGCAGCUGGGUCAGGACCCCUCUAAUGACUGCCCAGACCGCCAGCGCACAAUCCGCACAGUGAUCCAGAAGAAGGCCACUAAUCAGCCAACGCUGGGUGUGGAAUACAGAGGACGCAGAAUUACCAUUCAAAACAAUGCUGACCUGGUCAUCAAUGAGGUGAUGUGGUGGGAUAACGGCGUAUAUUUCUGCACCAUUGAUGCUGCUGGUGACACGGCAGGGGACUCUGAUCAGGAAGUCAAACUCAUCGUGUACAACUGGCUGACCGUCCUGUUAAUCAUCAUCGGUGCUCUCCUGCUCAUCAUGCUCUUCUGCAUAUGUUGCUGUCAGUGCUGCCCACAGAAGUGCUGCUGCUACGUCCGCUGCCCGUGUUGUCCACAGACAUGCUGCUGCCCGGAGAAAGCUGUGAUGCAGCACAGGAUGCUGCGAGAUGCUGAGAAGGCCAUGUCUUCUUGGAUGAAUGGUCAGCCUUUGUACGCUCCCAUUAGCUCCAAUGCCUCCUCCCAGGGAGUCCCCAUACUGUAUUCAGGCUCGUACUCGGACUACCCUGCCAAACAAAACAAUGCCAUGGCUCCCAUGCAGCUGUCACCCAUGGCCCUGCACCAUCAGCCUCCUCCUCUUCCUCAACACUAUGUGAACGGCAGUGUGCAUGGCAGCAUUCAUGGUACUGGACAGGUGUUGGAUUACCUGGAGAACCAGGUGAGGGGGAUGGAUGUGGGGGCACUUCAAAUGCCUCAAUAUGGUGUCCAAAAUAUGCUCCAAUUACAAUCCCAGCACCGGCUGCCUUCUCAAGCUGUUCCUUACACACCCGGGCCCCCGAGUAUGUUGUCUGCCCUGGAUGAGAUGGGAGUAAAAGGGGUGGAGAGAAGGGUGAUCACCUUGCCUCCUAUUAUCCAGCGUGUGCCCAGCUUUUUGUCACGCAGCGGGCCUGGAGGUGGAGAUGGAGCCAGAGGUGGUCCCAGCCAGUCCAGUGGGAGUUCAAACCGCUCUAGUGGUGGUCUCCACCGCAACAGUCGUGGCUAUAGAGACGUCUCUCCCACCAGACGGGGGAUCCUGCGUGGUUACAGCGACGAGUCCCAUCAGGAGAACAGCCGAGGAAGAGCACCACACAGGGGUUCGAGGAACGAGAGAGAAGGCUCGUCCAGGAGGAGAGGAGGUGGAUCCAGGCCGCGUAGUCGUGACGACCUGAUGGAGGAGCUGCACAGCAGAGCAGCUCGGAGGGAAAGGAGCUAUUCACCUCCUCAGCGUCGCAAAGGAUCCUGUAACUCUGAUGACGAGGACAACCGAGGAAGAAAAGGAGAGAAAGAGAAGGAUUGGUCAGAGAAGCCCCCCAGCUACCGCUCCUUAGAGAACCAUACUGGACAAAGUAACGGCUGGAGGGACUACAACCACCUUUCUGAUAGAAGCUCCCCUAGCAGCGCCAGCAUAGUGAUCUGAAGCAUUUCAAUAUUUUUUGUACAUUUUCCUGAAUAUUUCCAGAACGGCAAAAAUGAAGACAAACAGUAGGUACUUCAAUCUGUUCAAUCACUGCACAAGAAUAAUAGUUGUUGUUAAAUUUAAGUAGUGAGUCCUGAAAAUGUUCUGUAUCAAUCUACUUUUACUCUGCAGGCUAUGUAUGUAAUUGCAACAAAAGAAAUCUAAUCUAAAUUUUAUGUAAGUAAAGCUGAUAAAAACAGUUAAAGGCUAUAAAUUGCAGAUAAUAUGCAGUUAUAUUCUAGUCUCUUGUUAUUGAGAUAAUCAAUAUUUGUGAUUCUUGUUCUGAUGUAUUCAGUGGUGUUAUUUGUACGUGUGAUUUUCUUCUGGUGACGGAAAAUCCUUCUGUGUCGUGUAGAAAACAAGCAGAUACUGUUUGGAUACUAUAAAAUUUUGUGGGGUUUUUAGGUCUAUCGUUGUUAACGUGUGUUUUUGCAGAAUAAUAUACACUGUGUUUGUUUAUUCCUAUAUUGUUUUUUACUGUUGCAUAAUUUGUUGUACAAUUUUUUUUUUAAGUAUUUUUUUUUAUCUGUAUCUAUAGUAACAUUAUUAGACAGUGACAGCAAUACAAAGUAUGCUGCAUGGACAUUUGUAGAAAGACGGACUUAGUGGAAAGUUUAGAAGCUUAUUGUACUGAACAUUACCAACAUACUGUAUAAUUGUGAUUUUCAUUAGUGUUUGCUUUUGUUACAAACAAGAAUAGAGAUAUAUUGUGAUGAAAUGUGUUUUGAAUAAACCUUGUAAAGUACAGUGUGAAGUGGGUAAUUUAUGUAUUUGUAUGUACAGUAUAUACACGAUCUGAUGAUCCCACCAAGACAGAAGUGAUCCAUUAAACUAAAAUUAAGUCA